CCCUACUAGCCAUUAGAUACCAUUAGGUCGAAGAAUCCAAUCAAUCUUUUCAAUUCGAAUUGAAUCUUAAUUAACUGAAGCCAACAAUACCCGUACAGUCGUACAGUCGCACUGUGGGUGGGUGUUGGGUGGUCUGGAAGUUGGGUGUAAGGGAGGGUCGUCUGGAAGUACGGGCGUGUAAAUUGUACCUGGGCUCCCUGGCCCAAACGUGACUGGUGAGAGGGUGGAUAGAAAGGAUUAUUUUAAAAAAACAGUUCAAUACAGGCCAAUAAAAGGACUUAAUUAAAAAAGCUUCAACUUGCACUAAUAACUGACGCUACCGGUACCCAGCACCCAGCACCCAGCACCGCAAGGUAUUCGCACCCGAACCACGUGCAAAUCACGUGUUACCGUACAUGUGUGAUACCUUGCGGAAUGAAUACUCGACCUUGGCUUGGGACGUUCUUUGACCACCAUGAUGGUGGCAUGAUACCCAUGCCAUUCAGCACAAAAGAAACAAAUACAUACCAUACUACUAGCUAGCCAGCUACGGUAGCUAGCAGCUAAUAGUGAUCACAAUUAUACUAUCGAUACUACCAUGUCCUCCUCGAUACCUCCCUUUGAAGUGAUGGACGAUGGUCCUUACAUUGUGUUGGUAGUGUUGGGGACCAUCUCGAGUGUUCUGUCGCUGCUGGGCUCCAGCUGUGUGAUUUUCCUGUCGUUCCGCGAACGCCACAAGGUGAUGCAUCGGCUCAUGUUGGCGCUGAGUGUUUCCGAUUGGUUUUCAUCGAUUGCAAGUCUGUUCAUGCCAUACGCCAUUCCCUCCUUUUUGGGUCUCCCCGGUGCCAUUGGGAACUACGAUACGUGCACUGUCUUUGGGUUUUUCCUCAUGACAUUUAUCCUGGUGGGAUGUCUCUACAAUGCCUACCUCAGUUUGUACUUUUAUCUGGUGGUCGUUCGGAAUUGGAGAGAACGAGAUUUUACCCUGGCGCCCGAAGCGGUGGCGCAUGCCGUGGGAGUGCUGGUCCCACUGGCCGUCAAUGUGGUGGCGGCCGUCACGGAAUCCAUCAAUCCAUCGCCCUUGAUCAACAAUGUCUGUAUUUACGCCACAUUUCCCUGGGGAUGCAGUGAAAGCGACGAUAUGAUCUGUACGCGAUCCGAUCGAGAAACGGUGGUCGAUAUUGUCUUUUUUGGAUCCAUUUGGUUGUUUGUGUUUUCCAUGGUCGGAUUCGUUUCCACCUUUUGUGUCUGGUACACCGUCCGACUCACGGUACAGCGCAGCAGUGCCUAUCGAUUCCAAAGCAGUUCCAUCCGUCAAAGUCAAAAUCAAAAUAGACAAAGCCAAAACAACAACAACAACAAUAAUGCCACGGACGAUCGAUUGGUGCAAGUACGAACACAGGCCAUUCUCUACAGUUUGGCAUACCUCAAUACAGCUUUCUGGCCCUUGAUGGGGGCGCUCUUCUCCUCCCAUUUCUUUCAAACGUCAGAGCAAAUACAAGAGAGAAAAUUACUGCCAGUCUUUUAUGCCUUGCAACUAUUCUAUUGGGCAUUAUACCCAUUGCAGGGCUUUUUGAACUUUUUCAUUUACACGCGUCUCAUGGUUCGACGAUGGCGACGGGUCGAACCGGAUCAAUCCAUCUUUUGGAUCUACAAACAAAUUCUUACCACACGACAAUCCGAUGGCAUGUCGUCCACCGUCAGGCACAAUACCAACACCAAGAGUCGAUCCAACAACAACAGCAACAUCAGUCGACCUCUGGCGCCAGCCAAGAAUUCUUGUCCACUACCCGAAGUGACGACAGAUGCCGACAAUGAACAGUCCGCCUUUGCCAUUGAAUGAAUGAAUGGAAUGGAAUGGAAUGGAAUGGAAUGAAAUGAAUAGGGGCGAAUCAUCAAAAUCAAAUCAUCAAAUCACAACAUGGGAUCCACAUGAUCGGAUGGUACUCGGUUCGUUCACUACAGUUGUCACUACCUACCUAGCGAGCUAGAUCAAACAAAAAGAGGCCCAUCCAUUGGAACGACAAAACACCGGGACGGGAACCAAAGUUGACAUUCGAUCGAGUGCAACCACAGCCAGAGCGUCAUUCACAUUCUAGCUAGCCAGCUCAUACCUUCCAUGUGACAGCGCUCUAUACCUGCUUCACAACCAACCAACCAACCAACCUACGAUUGACGGCAGAGAUUGCCCGUCUCCAUUAAUUUGCACGGAGUAGGGGUUCCGGAAACUGACUUGUGCGACAAUAACGUAACUUGGUCGGACAUGUGGAUCCUCUAGCUAGCUAGUACAUGUAUGCAUAGCUAGAGUUGGUUGAUGAUGGGCAGGAGUCGAGUCGAGUCGAGUCGAGGGAGGUGUGGGGACUCCUUCACUGUACCGGUACGGUACGAAUUGGAGUGUGGAAUGCCCUGAGCCCUGAGCGAUGCAUCCACAGCAUACAUCGUACUCCUUUGGUGGAGUGGUUGGAGUAGGCCAUGAUAAAAGCUGCCGUAUUCACCUGGACUAGCUAGCUAGCUAGAGACUACCGGUACAAGUACAGCUGUACUACUGUAACUCGGACCAACCGUAACGAGGGUUACCUUUAAAAACUAGCUAGCUACCAGCAUUCGGAACACUGAACGAAUAAAAAGUAGUUGGGGCUACUGUGCGUAUUACUAGCUCGU